GAAGAGUUGUACCUUCCACAUUCAGGCUAAGCAAAAAUGGGCAGUUCACAUUCAACCCACAAGAGCCACCAUCAUGGCUUUGAUGCAGAGAGAGAUGCCAAGAAAAUACACAGUGCCUGCAAAGGAGCAGGAACCAAUGAAAAAAAAAUUAUUGAAGUCUUAUCAAGUAGAACAUCAGAGCAGAGACAACAAAUAAAACAGAAGUACAAGGAUUUGUAUAGCAAGGAGAUGGAAGAGGACCUGAAAGGAGACCUGAGUGGGAAUUUUGGAAAGGCUGUGCUGGCUUUGCUGGACUUGCCCUGCGAGUACGAGGCCCGAGAGCUUCGGAAGGCGAUGAAGGGCGCUGGGACAGAUGAGUCGCUGCUGAUUGAGAUUCUCUGCACACGGAACAAUAAGGAAAUUGUAAACAUAAAGGAGGCCUACAAACGUAUGUUUGAUAAGGAUCUAGAGUCUGAUGUUAAAAGUGAAACCAGUGGCUCCCUACGGAAGAUAUUAGUCAUGGUGCUAGAGGCAGCCCGAGACGAGACCCAACAGGUCAAUGCAGAGCUUGCUGAGCAAGACGCCUCAGAUCUGUAUAAAGCAGGAGAAGGCCGUUGGGGAACAGAGGAGCUGGCUUUCAAUGUGGUUCUAGCAAAGAGAAGCUAUAGCCAGCUGAGAGCUACAUUUCAAGCCUAUGAAAAGGUAUGUGGGAAGGACAUAGAAGAGUCCAUUAAAAGUGAAACAUCUGGAGAUCUGGAGAAGGCUUAUCUGACUCUAGUCAGUUGUGCCAAAGAUUGCCCAGGUUACUUUGCCACACUUUUGCACAAGUCGAUGAAAGGAGCUGGGACUGAUGAAGAGACCUUGAUUCGCAUCCUUGUGACAAGGGCUGAGAGUGACCUGCCAGCAAUAAAGGAGAAGUUCCAGCAAAUGUACAAGAAGCCGUUAGCUGAAGCUGUCCGAUCUGACACCUCUGGGGACUUCAGACAAUUGCUGCUGGCAAUUUUGCACUAA